CGAAGGAGAGUUUUGACUUCAGUCAUGGCAAGAACAAAGCAGACCGCUCGUAAAUCCACCGGAGGCAAAGCGCCCAGGAAGCAGCUCGCUACCAAAGCUGCCCGUAAGAGCGCCCCAGCCACCGGCGGUGUGAAGAAACCUCAUCGUUACAGGCCCGGUACCGUAGCGCUAAGAGAAAUCCGCCGCUAUCAGAAAUCCACUGAGCUGUUGAUCCGUAAGCUGCCUUUCCAGCGUCUGGUGAGAGAAAUCGCCCAGGACUUCAAGACUGAUCUGCGCUUCCAGAGCUCCGCCGUCAUGGCCCUGCAGGAGUCCAGCGAAGCUUAUCUGGUCGGCCUGUUUGAGGACACCAACCUGUGCGCCAUCCACGCCAAGAGGGUCACCAUCAUGCCCAAAGACAUCCAGCUGGCUCGCCGCAUUCGUGGUGAACGCGCCUUUGAAAUCAUGUCAGGAAGAGGCAAAGGUGGUAAAGGACUCGGUAAAGGAGGCGCUAAGCGUCAUCGCAAAGUUUUGCGUGAUAACAUCCAGGGAAUCACCAAACCCGCCAUCCGUCGUCUCGCUCGUCGUGGUGGUGUCAAGCGUAUUUCUGGUCUGAUCUAUGAAGAGACUCGCGGUGUGUUGAAGGUGUUUUUGGAGAAUGUUAUUCGUGAUGCCGUCACCUACACUGAACACGCCAAGAGAAAGACCGUCACCGCCAUGGAUGUCGUUUAUGCUCUGAAGCGUCAGGGUCGCACUCUGUACGGUUUCGGAGGUUAAACGCUUAAACUCCACACAAACCCAAACGGCUUUUUUAAGAGCCACC